AUGAGGUGCAAUGAUAUCGUUCUCUUUAUUGUCGUUUUACGCUCCACAGGUAGGAAUAUUUUGGUAUUUCCUAGCUUCUGACUUUGUAUUCCAUGUUAGCCCCUUGUAUGGCCUUCGCAACUGCGUAUCAAAGCUUACUAACCUUCGACACGGAGGGCAUCUCUUUAUACAUAUGUAUUAUACCCCAUUUUCGAAAAGAGAAAGAUUUUUCUCUUUUUUCUAAUUAGUGUUGUAACUCAAUGCCAAUAACCGUACUUCGGAGGAGCCAUUUUUAUCGUUUUUAAAACAAAGCUGCUUUCACACGAAAUUGAACUUCAUCAGUGCUGCAUAAUAGAUGAACAGCACAUUUAGAUGCCAGGUUAGAUUAAAAUGUGGAUAACAAAACACGAAGACCAACAAUUAAACGUACUAUAUGAACUGAAGCAAGUUGGCAUGAUCCUAGCAGUAUUUUUGAUAACCUGCUCAGUAGUCAAGCUCGUAAUUCUUGGCCAAAAUGUAAUUGGCCAAAACGAUUUCCAGCUGCCCUCCAAAAGACAUUUUGCUAUGCAGUUUAUCUAAUGUAAAGUACUAAGAAGAGGAAUUUGUUGCUUCGACUACUUAAAAUCUGCUAUCGUAGUGUCAUCAAUCGAUGCUCUUAGUAACUAAUUUGAUUCAUAAGAACAGCAUUACGUGCAUCCUUUUGAAGAAAUUUCCCAGGAUCUCUCCGAAAUCGAGAAGGGCACUCGUUUAAACUUUAUCUAAUUUCAGUUUUCAUGGUGAACGGAGCACUGGAAGUGAAUGAAACUCGCCUUCACAAGGAGUUAUUCAAAGGAUAUAACAAGCAUGCACACCCCAGACUACCAGGGACAGGUCCGGUAGUGGUCACUUUUGAUUUUCAACUUAUUCGGAUCCUUGAUGUGGUGAGUGUCUUUUUUUGUUUACAUUCCUGUGGGAGGGUGGCUGCGUCUGACGAUAACUUUUCGGAAUUUGUUCUAGGAGAUGACACCAUUCUGAUUAUCAACAGUAAACAGAAAACAUUUAUGAAAAACCCUGGGAUUUGUCGGGGUGAGGAGUGGGGCCGAGACUUGUGAUACACUAGUAUCUCAGCCAAGGUAUCAACCAUACUCCUGCUCCUUCGCCCAGAGGGCCAAAGAACCAUUACGGAGAUAGAACCGUGUUUAAUUCAAUAACACAAUUCGAUCUAAAAUACAAAGAAACUUGCUCAAAACAAACCGAAGAUUAACAGCAAUAACCUGGAAAUGAACUGAAAACGUACUUCUUGACUGCCUCCGUAUUUGACAUACAUUGUGGCAAAUAACUGGUUAGCAAUUACACUAACUGGUUAGCAAUUACACUGGUUACACUGGUUACCUAAGUUGAAUCUAACCUGUACAACUGAACAACUAAUUUACACGUCUUUCAUCAAACGUUUUACGCGGUAAACAUUGCGAUAAUUAUUGCAAUACAUUAAUUCAAAUGGAGUGCACGCGUACUACAUUAAACAUAAACAGCGCGCGCGUUAUACUUAACAAUUAAUUAUAAUAUAAUGAAGGUUCAGCGAAACACUCAUACGUCGCUUUAUUCCAGGAAAUCUAAAGAAACUGCUGCGAAUAAGGUAAUAAUUAAAGAAUUUAUAUUUUACAGAGUGCAAGAAGUCAGUAUAUCACCACGUAUGCUUGGGUGAAUCAGGUAUGGAGCACUAUCAACUUUUAGUAUACUAGUGGUUCUGAAGGAAAAGUGACAUAACUACUGCGUUUUGAUUACGCUAAGUUUUUUCCCAUUCGUUGUGCUCUUUGCUUUACUUGUUUCACACUUUUGUUACCUUCAAGAGUGUUUAAUCGAAUUUCCGGUCCUACUUGCAAUCAAAAGUAUCUCUAACAAAACUUGCGACCCCCAGGCCAUAUUGUUGUCUGAGAAAUACAUCUUCAUAGGCCAUCUUUUCCAAUUAAUAACGGUGAUAGGACCGAGCAGAGUCCAGUUCAGUCUGUAAUCACGAGUAUCAUUACAAACAGGAUUGGACGACACAAAGUCUUUUUAUCAAUUAAUCAUAACUGUUACAAUUUCCCAGAAAAAAAAAACAUUCAGGACAAACAUGUGCAGUAGAAACAAUUUCUAAGUAAAAAAUUCCUUAACUUUAGAAAUUCCACAAUAUUUUUGGGAUAGGUGAUUGUUGCUAAGGUUAUUGUGAUCAAUUCUGUGAUAAGUGGAUUUGACUGUGAAAGGAUUAAGUAUGAUUGGCUGCUUCAACUGUCCAACUACGGGUGUCCGAUUACAACUCUAACUGCUAAUGCAUCGAUCACAUUUAAUAAAAAUUGCAAUGGUUAUGAUGAAGCAGGGACCGCGCAGAGGGAGGGGCUAGGGGGCUUUCGCUCCUCCACUUUUUUGCAAAAAUAAAAAUAAAUUAAACAAAAAAUAAUUUAACGAAAAUAACGGAGCCGAAAAUAGCCUCCCCGCCACUCAAAAACUUGCUGCGCGGUCCCUGUUAAGAGGUAAAUCUUGACAAGAGAUGAUUUCUAUCUUUUGUGAUUCAUCAUAAAACCAAUACGAAUAAAGUUAAUUCAAGGAAAUUGAAGUUCUUAGGAGGGUUUCCGUCAGAAAAAAAAAGGUUUUAAGGAGUAGAUCAUGAUAACUUAAUGAUAGACACCAAAAUUCUUAAAUAGACUAUGGUGUGAAAAGAAAAGUGAUUCUGUCUGAGGUUUCAUUUUCCAAUGCCACGCACACAAUGCUCUCAGCAGUUGACAUUCCUUAAAGAUCCAACUGAUCUAAUGGACAAUGGUAAGCUCUGUGAAGCCGUACUUGAUGAUCCUAAGACCAUCAUCAAUUCUUGAAAUUUUUGUAGUAUUGGGAGAACCGUUUGCUAAAAUGGGAUCCAAAAGAAUAUGGAGGAGUGGAGGAAAUUCAUGUGUCUCCAAGCGACAUCUGGGUGCCUGACACACUAUUAUACAACAAGUAAGUCGUUUUACAUAGGCUCGAUUUCCAAAGUUUUCACUGAUCCGAUUUGCGUUCCUUCCGAGAAAGGACAACUCGGGGUCGGACUACUUCUUUCAGUGAAGGUUCGAUGCUUCCAAUCAUUUUCCAGGACGAUCGAUCACUUUUUCGACAUAAACCACCUUUAACUACCGAGAAUUUAAGGUUGCUCUGCACCUAGUGAAAGAAUAUUUUGAACUGAUCCACGCAAAGAGACGAUGCUAUGAAUAUCCUUACUGCCAUUCAAUGACAAACGAUAUUGAGUUUAAGAAACGACGACGGCGACGCCGUGGAAAACGUCGAUGAAAAAAAUGAACUUAUAUUUUACCUACGAAUCUCGCGAUACUAUAGAGUCAUUAAGUUGGUUUCUCUUUGUCAAAACUGUCUCGAAACUGAAUAUGGAACACAGUUUUAAAUUAGAAAUAGAAAUUUGAAAAAAUUAGACGUCGCCGUUCACGUUAUCCAGACAACGCAAACCUAACAUCAGUAUGCAUAUUCUCCAUACUGUUCUCUGAGGCCCUUCUCUGCGUAUUUCCUGAGGUUUUGACAAGGAGAGUUUGUUUAACAAUCAAGAGCUUCUUUAAUUUGUGAUCAUUUGCUUUGUUCUCAUGACCUCAAUGUUUGAUUCCGGGGUGAUAUUGUAAGGAAAAAUAACAAUCUUAGUCUCUCUCAAAGCUUAACUGUCCUAUUUAGUCUCCAUGUUUCCCUUUACUUGCGUUGCAGUAUAGACGAAGAGGAGCGAAUGGGAGGCGGUAGGACGACUUAUACCACUAACGUAGAACUGCGAUAUGAUGGCAAAAACACGUGGCUAAACCCCGCCAUGUUUAAAAGCAUCUGUAACGUGGAUGUCACAAACUUUCCUUUCGACGAUCAAGAAUGUCGAUUAAAAUUCGGUUCUUGGGCCUUCGACAGAGCAAAGAUAGAUUUGGCCGUAAAAAACGGCAGCACCCUGAACACAUACUACAUCAAAAAUGGUGAAUGGAAAAUGCUGAACCUGACCGCGAAGAGAAAUGCUCUCAAGUAUCAAUGCUGCCCGCACGAAUUUGUGGACAUAACAGUGAGUGUGAAAAUCCGACGAGAAUCAUUGGACUACAUUCUAAAGUUGAUUAUUCCAUGCUCGCUGAUUUCUUCCAUGAUAUUUUUGGGUUUUGUUCUUCCACCUGAGUCAGGCGAACGUAUUGGACUGAGUAUCACAGUUCUGCUCGCAAUGACUGUGUUUCAGCAACUCAGCUCCGAGCUCAUGCCUUCGUACGGCUUUCCACUCCUGGGACAGUUCUAUUUCGCAAUCAUGUUAGAAAUAGGUCUUUCCUUGGCUGUAACUACGCUUAUUUUAAAUUUUUACCAUCGCAACAGGCGUCGAAUGCCCAAGACUAUGAGGAAAGUGAUUCUUCAAUGUCUAGCGCGCGUGCUGUUUCCAUGUCAAAAACCAAAGAACUGGAACGAAAUCCAUCGAAAAAGCGUUCUUCGACGAAGACUUGAAAACAGCAAUGCUCUGGAUGCUGAGAGGGGGGUAUCCUGCAGUGACUCAGAGUUUUGCGAAGAAGAUGUAUACGAACAAGAAAAGAGCACGAGACGCGAUCAGAAUUUGACCACGUGGGUCGUGCAAGAGUCUGGCACCAUUUGCACGCUUUCUCCGAACUGUACCGCAAACGGGGAUCACUCGUUCUUGAAUCUCGCAGCGUCGCCACAAAACACUCGCACCAAAACUGUCGGGUUCUCAAAGGACUGCUUCAAAAAGCUUAAAAGGAACAACAGUUUUCGUUCUCGGGAUACAAAUUCCGGCCGGGCGGGAAAGAAGCGGUCUUCAUCCAGCGACACGUAG